AUGCAUAGCGUCCUCCUCAUAGACGAAAUUCUUAGAGCCGUCUUUGCGCAUCUGCGCGAGGGCGGCAACCCAAACUCGGACUUUGCACGUCUGGCUACUAUUUGCCAAGCCUGGAAGGAACCGGUCCUUGACCACCUUUGGGAGACGCUCCCCUCAACCGAGCCGUUGCUCGCGCUGCUACCCACCCUGAAGCGCGAGAACGGGGCAUAUGUAUUAAAUGCGGAUCCCUCGCCCGACGCCUUGGCCAACCUCUCUGCGUACGCUUCGCGGGUUCGAAGCGUCCAGCACCACGGCCGCACAGCGACCAAGCUCCCAACGGCUAUUCUAGAGCUCCUCACGCCCUCCGGCCUCUUAUUGCCCUCUCUCACCACCGUGGGGCUCAACCUGUCCGAUCCCGCCAAGCGCACAUUGGCACCGCAGCUGUACUUGUCCACACAGCUGCGCUCUGUAACUAUUGAUGUGGGAUUUGCACGUCGUGCCGCAGCAGGCACUAACGCCCACCCUGGUGAGGCCGUGUGCGCGUACGUCGACGCCAUCUCGCAGGCUGCCCCGCGCCUGGAAUCUCUGAACCUGCGCGGACGCGUCGGCGAACGCAUACUCGAUUCCGUCGCGGAGAUGCAGAAUAUUCGGACCUUGUCGCUCUGCGUCGGCACCGAUCUUUCGCCGCGUGUCAUCGCCGCCAUUGGUCGUUUCCCGCACCUUCAUGACCUCCGGAUUCAACUCGACGGCAUGGACGAGGAUGCCCUUCGGGAUGCGCUCGCUGAAGCCGGACCAUGCUUCGGCGCGCUGAAAACCCUCAACAUCCGCGCCGUACCCGAAGUACUCGCCGCGUUCUUCGGAUCUUUCCCGAACAUCGCCCGGCUAACGAGCGCACGUCUCGAGUCGGAUCUGAAGCCCCGCGCGGCCGACAGCUGGAUACCUGCUCUCGAGUACUUGGCCACCAAGGCUAGCUACACACUGGAGGAGCUCAGCAUCCAGUCGCUUACGUCGUUCUGCGAGGUCCUGGAUCCCACGGUGCCGCCGCGCUUACACUUCACGAUUAUGACGCUCGCACCUCUUGCGCGCGCCACACGCCUCCGCCGCUUCUUCCUGGAUGCGAGCGUUCCGGCCGACAUGAACGAUGCGGAUUUCGGCUCCCUUGCCCGCUGGUGGCCAUGCAUCGAGCACCUCGGCCUCUGGACACGUCCAGUCGAUGCGUUCGACUACCCGACGUACUUCACCAUGCAGCCCCGCGCCACUCCCGCAAGCCUUCGUGCGUUCUCCGAGGUGUGCGGGCGCCUGCGUUCGCUCUCCGUUCCCAUGGACAUCUCCGCCGUACCUCAAUCCGCUGAAGCGCCUACGCCCGCCGCCACUGGUAGCCAACAGGUGCUUGAGAGCAUCACGAUCGGCUGUGCGAAGAAGGGACCGGAUGUCGAUGCGGGCGAGCUGGCCGCAUGCUUGUAUAGCGCCUUCCCGCGCGUCAAGCGGAUCGAGUUCGACUGCGGCGAGGAGACCGCAUGGCCGGACGUCGCCGACGCCUACGCUCGGCUGCAGGCUUCCGCUGCACCCUAG